AUAAUGCAGAACUUUUAUUAGAACAUGUUGAAGAAGAAAUGGUUUGGACGGACUCUGAUUCUGAAGAAGAAAAUAUGCUUAAUAUUAAUGAUUUGACUGUUUUAAAUAAGAAUAAUAGACAAACAUCUUAUAAAACAAAUGAGAAAUUAAAAAUUACAUCUGCCAAUAAAGAAGAAUGGAACCUAGAAUUAGAACAAGUACUACCUUCAUUACGAGUAACAAUCAAGCUAGGUAUGUAAUUAUAUUUUAACAAUUAAUUAAUUUUAGUUUUAUUUGAUACAUUAAAUGCUAAAAAGGUGGGUAAGUGG